AUGACUCCUUCGAAACGCACUGCGACACCUCCAGAAGAUACGAGGCCUAACAAGAAACAAGCGAUAUCAUCACCUGAGGAAGGCGAGGUCGAUUCAGACGUUACGCCGCCGGCGGCGUCACAGCGGUCGCCUCGAACACCCCCGCCUCCUGCGACCAAAGUACCAUUUCCUUUCAAGCCAAAAGUUUCAGCUCCUCCACCACCUCCGUCUAGUAUCAGAGAUAGCGCGCAGAAGUCAAGGGUACCCGCGGUGUACGAACGUUCCGAGGAAGAUGAAAGGCGAAUCCGGGAAGCUGAGGAGCUCGAGCGAAGGUUGACUAAACCUCGGGCGAUACCUACGGGUCGUCCAGACCACUGGGAGCCUGGCUACGACAGAACACGAGAUAGAUGGUCUCGGGACGCGUAUGCACCGCCUGCUGGGUCCUAUUAUCGCCCACGGAAGGAGGACUGGGAUUACGGUAGGAGGGACGAUUAUGAUUGGGAUAGGCAGGAAAGAAGAUGGGAUGACGACAAGGUGGAUAGAAAGCAUACCGAUUACAAACCGGAUCGCAAGGUAGGAGGGAGCGCUAGUCGCUCGACCCCCUCUACGUCCUCUCAGAAGCGCUCCCCGUCCCCCGUCUCCCCUCCCCAUUCCCCCAAAGAGAAGCAUCGACUUCCCCGUCCUCGUACCCCUGUUCGUGACCCAUCCCCCGUACCUGUCGAAGAGCCAGGACGGAGAUGGUCCAGUCGCCACUACGAGCCUGAGAGGUCCUACCCGCUGGAGGGUUCCUCGUACUACCCUCGCGAGUACGACCGUGACCUUCGAGGACACUACAGACGGACACCGCCGGCUGACUUCGACUACCACAGGCGCGAUCGGGGAUAUGACUACCGCGAUUACGACGACAGGUGGGGGUAUGAUGAUAGGUACGACGACCAUAGAGACGCGUACCGUGGUGAAGUCCGUCGUGGGUAUGACAGCUACCGGCCUGUGUCGCCAACUCUUCCUCCCGGUCCUGUGUCACCAAGGCUCCCUCGGGGUCCGAUAACACCGCCUCUGCAGAAGGGUUCAUCUUCAGCGCCCCCACCGCCCCCUAGUCCUCCUCCGCCACCUCCACCGGGAGAGCCGUCAGUAUCGGAGGCUCUUCCAGCAGAACAUGUGGCGGUCUCGAUAUCACUACCUAUUAAGCGACCCGGUGCACCCAAAGAAGAUCGGUCGCCGCCGUCGAUUCUGGAAGGCGGGCGCGUGCCAGCGCCUGUACCUGAUCCAUCACCUCAGAAAGAGCCCGCCACUGAGCGGCGUGUCGUGCCGCUGAAGCCGAAGAGGACGCCCGUUCACCGCACCCGAGAGCAAGAAAAGAUCGCGUACGGGCGUACGUUCGUCGGGUGUGGGUCUCAAGCCGACUACGAUGUCUUGACGAAAUUGGGAGAGGGCACCUUUGGCGAGGUGCAUAAAGCCAUCCACACUGGGACGGGUAGGUCGGUAGCGCUGAAGCGCAUCCUGAUGCACAAUGAGAAGGAGGGCAUGCCUGUGACCGCUCUUCGCGAGAUCAAGAUCCUGAAAGCCCUGAACCACCCUUGCAUCGUAGAAAUUCUAGAUAUGUUUGUCGUUCGCAGCAAGGGCAAGGAGUCUCCAUUGUCGGUAUAUAUGGUCUUCCCGUACAUGGAUCACGAUCUCGCGGGUCUACUUGAGAAUGAACGUGUCAAACUCCAACCCAGCCAGAUCAAGUUGUAUAUGAAGCAACUACUAGAAGGUACCGAGUACAUGCACCGGAAUCAAAUCCUGCAUCGCGAUAUGAAAGCGGCGAACCUUCUGAUAUCAAAUACGGGCUCUCUACGAAUUGCCGAUUUCGGUCUCGCUCGUUCGUACGACCCGAAUAUCGUACGUGGAGGCGACCACAAACUCGACCGGUACGGUCGGGAGCGCAAGUACACGAAUUGUGUAGUUACCAGGUGGUACCGCCCUCCUGAGCUCUUGCUGGGUGCGAGACAGUAUGGAGGCGAGGUGGAUAUAUGGGGUAUAGGCUGUGUCCUGGGCGAGAUGUUCUGGCGUCGCCCCAUCCUCGCGGGUUCCUCCGAUAUAGACCAACUAGAUAAAAUCUGGCAGCUGUGCGGUUCCCCUAACCAACAGAACUGGCCUAAUUGGGAUCGCCUUCCUGGAUGCGAAGGCGUUAAGCGCUUCCCGCAGUAUACCAGGCGAGUAAAGGCCAUAUACGAGACCAUCGGUCCUGAGACUUGCGAUUUGUUGGAUAAGCUUCUCACUUUGAACCCGAGAGAAAGGAUAUCAGCGUCGGAAGCCCUGGAUCAUGACUAUUUCUGGUCUGACCCGCUGCCGGCGGAUCCAAAGAGUCUGCCCACUUACGAGGCUUCCCAUGAAUUCGACAAGCGUGGGCGGCGAAAUCAGGGACCAGCAGGUCCACCCCUACCGCUGCCUCAGAUGCAGCAGAUGGAGCAAGCCGCAAGAAUGGCUGCAGGGCUAAUGCCACCACACGCUCGCAAUUUCCCUCAGGGACCACUCCCCCCUCGUGAGACGUUCCGAAACGGCCCACCUCCGGGUGCAUUUCCUCAACAACAGUACCAAGGAGGGCCACCGAUGUACCCUCCGGGACCUGGUGGAUACUUCCCUGGGCCGCAUGGCCCGUACCCUCCGCCCAAUAUGCGCUAUGGAGGGCCGCCUGCUGGACACGUCCCGCCACCUAUGGCUCCUCAUGGAAUGAGGCAGCAUUUCCCUCCUCAUCCGCCUCAUCGGCCGCCUUUUAUGAACGGUAGAGGUGGGGGCCCUCCUAUGCCUGGUCCGCAACAAAGGCAUGGAAGUAACCGGCCUCCUGGACCCGGUGUUGGAGCAGGAGGGUUAAACUACGGUUGAUCAUGCAUUGCACAUCCCAAUUCGCUCUGUAUCUGCUUUCACACGUUUUUGCUUUGCUCUCGCACUUACACGGAACCACAGCUGCAAUCGCAUGUAAAGUAAUGUAGCCCUUUGUUAUAAUACGCAACUGUCGAC